CCCCAGACAUGCCCGUCGAAGUCAAGAAGAUCUGCUGCAUUGGCGCAGGAUAUGUCGGCGGGCCUACGUGCGCGGUCAUCGCGCUCAAGUGUCCCCACAUCCAGGUCACGAUCGUCGACUUGAGCCAGCCGCGCAUCGACGCGUGGAACAGCGACAACUUCGACCUGCCGAUCUACGAGCCCGGCCUAGUCGACGUCGUCAAGGGCUGCCGCGGCCGCAACCUCUUCUUCUCUACGGACGUCGACACGAGCAUCAAGGAGGCCGACCUUAUCUUCGUCAGCGUCAACACCCCGACGAAGAAGUCCGGCGUCGGCGCGGGCUAUGCGGCGGAUCUAAACUACGUUGAGCUCGCGACGCGCAAGAUUGCGGACAUCGCGGAGACGUCCAAGAUCGUGGUCGAGAAGUCGACGGUGCCGUGCCGUACCGCGGAGUCUAUGCGCACCAUCCUCGAAGCGAACUCCAAACCCGGCUGCCGCUUCGACAUCCUCUCCAACCCCGAAUUCUUGGCUGAGGGGACUGCCAUCGCGGACCUCCUCGCGCCCGACCGUGUCCUCAUCGGCUCCCUGCAAACGCAGGAGGGGAAGGAUGCGUGCCAGUCGCUCGUCGACGUGUAUGCUAACUGGGUUCCCCGCGAGCGCAUCCUCAGCGUCGGCCUAUGGUCCUCCGAACUUUCCAAGCUCGCUGCCAAUGCCAUGCUCGCUCAGCGCAUCUCCUCUGUCAACGCCCUCUCCGCCAUCUGCGAAGCCACAGGCGCCAACAUCGACGAGGUUGCGAACGCUGUUGGCUACGACUCGCGUGUUGGCCCCAAGUUCCUCAAGGCGUCCGUAGGCUUUGGUGGCUCGUGCUUCCAGAAGGAUAUCCUGAACUUGGUGUACCUGUCGGAGUCGCUGCACUUGCCGGAGGUCGCGGCCUACUGGCGUCAGGUCGUCGACUUGAACGAGUACCAGAAGAGACGGUUCGGCAAGCGGAUCGUGGACACAAUGUUCAACACGAUUACGGGGAAGCGCAUCGCCGUCCUCGGUUUCGCGUUCAAGGCCGACACGGGCGACACCCGCGAGUCCGCCGCGAUCACGCUGAUUCGCGACUUCCUAUCGGAGCGCGCGCGGGUGAACGUGUACGACCCGAAGGUGACGGAGGAGCAGAUCUGGUUGGACCUGGACGAGGCGCGGCCGGAUUUGGGGAGGGAGAAUAUCCAGAAGCAGGUCACGAUCUGCCACUCUGCCAUGGAGGCAUGCAAGGACGCGGAGGCGAUCGUGAUCGCGACCGAGUGGAAGGAGUUCAAGGAGAUCGACUGGGAGGCCGUGUAUGCGAGCAUGAAGAAGCCGGCGUUCGUGUUCGACGGGCGGCUGUUGCUCGACGCGCAGCGGUUGAGGGAGAUUGGAUUCAGGGUCACCACCAUUGGACGUCCGUCCGUCUAGAGGACGACGCCACGACGCUAAUGAAGAGGUGACAUAGAUGUCAGACGUGAAGUUGAAGAUGAAGAUCGUCGAUUGCGUCGAAGGGAAUUGCAAUGCCCCGCCAACGAACUGUUGCUGUCGCCUUGGGAAGGAUAAUGUUCUGUAUUCCAUCAUGUCUGGCUCAUUGUGUUCUGUAGACUAUCGUAGGAUGUGGUUCUGAAUAUUAGUAUUUAUGGUCGA